AUUUGGUAUUAUGUGAGCUUGACUGGUGAAGCUGAGUGGUCGGGGUUGGUCAGUGUUGACAGAGGGGCAGCAUGAGACACUUCUCUGGUCGGAUCAUGCAAGCAUUGGAAUACUUGGAGGAAAAAUGAGUUUGAUAGCUCACUCACCGAAAAAAGACAUGUGGAGGACCCUAACACUCUCACUGGUAGUUGCACUGGUGCUGGGCACAGAGGUGUCCCAGUCUGAGGAUGUGGGGUCCAUGGCGGCUGUGGAAAUGGUAGUGCAGCUGGACAAUUUCAGCGACAUUUCUACUGUACUAGGAACGUCCCGAUAUCAGAUUCUGGCUGCUCAGUUUGAGUGUUACCUGAAGAUAAUCCAUGAUCCACCACACACAGAAGAAGGCGCUCACUGUAACCGUACAUGGGACGGCUGGCUGUGCUGGGGGGAUACAGCUCCAGGCACUGUCAUGCAGAUGUGUCCAGCAUACUUUCAAGACUUUGACCCUGCUGAGAAGGUUACCAAAGUGUGUAAUCCUGAUGGUCAGUGGUUCCAUCACCCAGAGAGCAACAGAGUCUGGACAAAUUACACCCAGUGUCAGGCCUACACCAAAGACAAACGCAAGUUUGCCAUCAGUCUCUACUGCCUGGCCAUGGUGGGUCAUGGUCUGUCUAUUGUCUCCCUGGUUAUCUGCCUGAUCAUCUUCUCCUACUUCAAGAGCCUUAGCUGCCAGAGAAUCUCCCUCCACAAGAACAUGUUUCUCUCCUUCAUCUUAAACUCCAUUGUCACUAUAAUGUGGCUCUCAUUCAAUAUAGCCAGUGACCAAGCCAUGAAUACCGGCAACCCUGUGAGCUGUAAGGCCCUGGCUGUGCUGACUCUGUACACAUCUACUUCCAAUUACUUCUGGAUGCUGUGUCAGGGCAUCUACCUCCACACUCUCAUCAUAGUGGCGGUGUUCGUCGGGGAACAGCAGCUCUUCUGGUACUAUGUCCUGGGAUGGGGUUUUCCCAUUGUUCCUGCUUUGAUAUAUGCUGUGGCUCGCGGGCUCUUCUUUAACGACAAGUGUUGGAUCAGCUCACACACUCAGCUGGUCUACAUCAUCCAUGGGCCUAUCCAAGUUGCACUGUUGGUGAACUUUUUCUUUCUCCUGAACAUCGUCCGAGUUCUGAUCACCAAGCUGAAGGAGACCCACUGUACUGAGUCCACGGCCUACAUGAAGGCAGUGAGAGCCACUCUCAUCCUCAUCCCCCUGCUGGGAAUCCAGUACAUCCUUUUUCCCUGGAGGCCGGAGGGACACAUCAGCUGCAUCAUCUAUGAUUUCUUUGUAAAUAUCUUCAGCCACUUCCAGGGAUUCCUGGUGGCAAUUAUAUUCUGUUUCUGCAAUGCUGAGGCCCAGGCAGCAGUGCAAAGGAAGUGGGCUCAGUGGAAGUUUGCUUGGGGCAGACCUGGCAGUGGAGAAACACCCAUUACCAACAACCACUUUAACUACCACACCAACUCCUCCAUCACCGAAACUAGCCGUGCCACCAUCAGCUUGGAGCAGCCUGCUUCUGCACCUUUUGACCAUCAGGAAAACAGCCACAUCCUGUCCAGGGUGCAGCAGAAAGCCAACGGGCAGCAAAAGAACAACAAUACUUGCAGCAAUGGGGAGGUAGAUAUGCUCAACAAGUUGGAGACCACUGACAUCUGACUGGAUAAAGCACAGAGGUGAUGCAGAAACACUGUGGUUGUGGGAAACAGACAGGUUGCAGGUAAAUUUUGAUCAUUAAGGCUAACUGAUUGGGCAAUGUAUUUAUGUACAUAAUGUCUGAAGAGCACUUAAAAAGCAUGUGGUGUUCACGCACACACAUACACACAUUUUUACAGCAACAUCUCCAGGCUUUUGGACUUGGGAAAGACUGAUGGGAAAAUGUAUUUCAGUUACUGUUUGUGGUUUUAUAAUAUAUUUUCUGUCCAAAUGGAGAAAGUUGCAAAUCCCAAACCUGCCAUCUUGACAUCACAGAUGCAGAGCUAUAUGUUUGUGUAAUCUGUUGCCUUAUGGAGCCUCUGAACACUUCACCCAUACACCACUGUGACCAAUGAAUGUCAUAGCCCACUGAUGUGAUCACAUAAUAUUCUUUCACAUGCUUUUAAAGACUAUCAUCACUGGCACAUGGAAAGCCAGCAUCCCCACACCAACUAUAUACUACAAAACUACAGCACACUGAGAGCCAUUGUGUUAACAGGCUGAAACAACAAAACCAACAUAAUAAUAGUUCAUAUUUUGAUUCAGAUUUCCUGUUGACGUGUAACAGAAUUAAGAUUUACUCUCAGCCAGAGGAAGUGUGCAGUUGCCAAAGUGCUUAAAGUUUUGAACAUACACUACUUCAUUUGAGUAUUAUAGACUAAUUUGUCAACUGAGUAAAUACCAGAAUCUGACUUUCUGACAUUUGUUUACCGUAUAAUAAUGUGUAAUACUAUACUACUAGGGUGAAACAGAAAAUGGAGAUAAUAACCAAACUGUAAUGACUACACAACACAGUAGCUGGAGCAAAAGAGCUGCUAAGUUACAGCUGGACGUGGCUAAUUGGAAUUUUAUAAUUCACUAAUUUUUUAUCAGCCCUGUUAUUGAAAAAUAUCAAUUUUUGGUAAGUAGAUAUUGCAUCUCCCUCUGUAUUCUGUGAAAAUUACAGGUAUUACAGGAGUAUUACAGGUUCUAUGGCAAUAAAUCUUUGGGGUAAAACAACAUGAUCAUAACAUGAAGGCAACAUGAACUUUCUAUCUCUUACACAGUUUUCUGGCCAACCUAAAAACAUGAAACUUUUUUUUUCAACCUCACUGCUUCUGUAGUUACUGUUCUUUGUCUUUGUUGGGCACUAAUGUUGAAGACAGAAAAAAAACAGAGCUUUGGUUGGUUUUUAGCAAGUAAAUAUUAAGUUUGGACACUGAACAGAGGAAAGGCUUUAUUAACACAUUAUUGCCGCAGAGUAAGUCUUGUGAAGUUUAUGGUCACUGUUUGCUUAAACAAAUCGUCAUUAACUUUUAUGUCAGAUAAACAGACCUCAUUUGAAUGUGGAAUGUGCUACGUUGAAAGGGCUUCUGACUGUGAUGGUUCAUACUCUUUACACAGCUCAUGUUGAGUAGGCAUACUAAUUUACCUCCUGGAAAUAGACUAUGUGCUGAACAUUAUGGAUUAUAACUCUUCUAACUCACACUAGGAGCUGAGCUAUGAGUACAGGAGAAUUACUGGUGCAGAGGUAAUGGAACACUGGAGUGAAGCAGUAAUUUCACUCAUGUUGAAUCUCAGUCAUUCUCCUCACUCACUCCAUUAACAACAUCAAGGGGUAGAGCAUUACGGCAAAAACAUAGUAGAGCAGAUUCAGAAACACCAUGGUGUGUCAAAUAGUGUAUGUAAGCAGUGUGUGCACAUGUGCUUUUCACAAAAAGUCCCUCCAACGUUGUUACUGUCACAUUAUCACUUUGUAUCAUAACAUUCAUUUUAUUGUAAUAUGACAGGAAAUCUAAAUCUGAUAUGAAGCUGUAUUACACUGAAAAUAUAGAGCUACACAUUUAGAAUUUCAUCAUGAAAUGUUUCUGUCAUGAAUACAGCUUUUGCAGACAUAACAAGACUGUGCCAAAUUAGUGUAUAAAUUGUUAAAAGUAAGUGUUUUUCUAUCUCUUAUAAGCGCCACAGUUCCAAAGAUUUGUCAUGUCUUUAUUAUGAUAGUGUUCUUGUUGCUUUGUAAAUUCUAUAUUAUUAUAGUGGCUGUUAAAAUUGACUGUUUUAGUUUUUCUGAAUGUUUGUAUAACUAUUUCAAUAUGCUAUUUUUCCAAAUGUACAAAUAUAAUUUACUGCCACUUCACUAAUUUAAUAGUUCUUCCAUUGCACAUGUACUGUGCUGUAUGUACACUGGCAGGCUACAGUACCAGCACCAUUUCAAUUUCCACUAGAAUACUGAGCAAGUGUUAUGUGUGAGCUCGCAGCACAUGUAUUUUGGUGUUCUUCCAGGAUGCCUCCACGCACAACAUACUGGGAAUACUAAUGCUCCAGUGUGGAUACAGCCGGGUACACUGAUGCAUGAGGAAUAAACAACAAUUGCGAAAGAAAACAGCUGAGUAUGGGAGGGCUCUGUUAAAGAGCAGUGGUUCUCAUCUUAUUGUGCACAGUGGCCCAGCCUUGUACACUUCUGCCAGUGCAGCCCAGUAGAGAAACAGCUGUCAUGGACAUAAUUAUUUGCAAAGAAAUUUGAGAAACAUUCCAAUAAAAUGUCAAACGAAAUGUUCAAUUCAAAGUAUAUUACUGUGUAUAUAUAUUUUAACACUGCCAUUUAUGUGUGGAAAUAAAGUUGUUUGAACAUAA